AAACUGACUAAAAUAUUAAUAAACAAAUGCUGUGGAGAAGUUGAGGAAGAUAGACAUACAAAUUUCAUCACUUUAUUAAAGCUAAAGUUUGAAAGAAGAUAUGUUGAAUACUUUUAUAAUAGUUGUGUGGACAUUUCAUAUAUAUUUCAGUACAAUUACCCAGGCUGCAGAUUGCAAUGGAAAUACAAGGGUUGGCAAAGACAACCCCGAUAGUAACAAGAUGACUGGCGAAACAGACACGUACUUCUUGGCCACUGGGUACAUGAUCGAUUGUUGUGGUGUACUCGACACAUGGUACUAUGACGCAGAUGUCGAGAACGAAGAGGUUGAGCUUCACGUUUGGCGACCAACCACAGGAGAUAACUUUCGACUAAUAAGCACGACAAAGCAUACUGCUAAUAAAGACAAUAAACAGACGGUGACUCCAGUUAAUUUUCCAUUGGUACUCCCAGGGGACCGUUUAGGAUGGUAUUCAACCGUUGAUGUGAUUGGUUAUAAAACCGGUGGAAAUGAUGCGAACGCGAUUUACUUACCUGCAACGUCUGUUAACACGGCAGGUGACGUCACAUGGGUCGGAACGACUGUAUCACAAGAAUGGGCAAUAGGAGCAAGGCUUGGUGAAC